AUGGUCUCUAUAAAUUCUCCGCUCCACUCUAUCCUCAGCUGCGGCGAUACGCUCCGGACAAAAACCAGGCGAGUAGACCGUGAAGUCUUCCUCGUGGAGUGGUCGGAUAGCGCGGCAGAAGAACUCGGCUGGGUCGGCAACCCGCUGUGGCAAGUCCAACGAACCCGCAGGAUCCGUGAAUUCUGGCCCGUCCAAAGAUCCCGCGCAGGGGUCCGGCCCGUGCCUAGCGGUCACGCCCGAGCCGGCGAGGGCACCACGCAGCCAGCCCCGUCCCGAAAUGACGAGCCUGAGCACGCGCUGAGCCUCUCGGACGGUGGGCAACUCAAUCGUCAACUCGCCGCCCAAACCAUAUUCUACCCGGCCAAGCUCUCGGAUCUUCUCAGCCGUGUAAAGUCCCGCCUCGACAAGAAGCAGCCAGACAGCGCAGGGAGGAAACCUUUUCGCCACGACUACUCGGGUGACGCCGUACGAUAUCCCCGCAUCACCGAAGUCGCAAGGGGGUACGACGCCGUCAACGGCCGUGUCACAACGGGGCGAAGCACAAGACCGGUCCGAUGCGAGGGCGCUCAUCCCCGUGCCCACGGCCGUGGUGUCGUAGAGUCUGGCCGAGACGAGAGGACCGCCUCGCACGUGCUGCAGGAUGCUCCAGAGCCGGAUGUCGCGUGGCAAAUCGCUGACGAUGAUGCGGCGUGA